AUGAGACGACGAAACAACGGUUGCUGCUGCCAGAGCAGCAAGAAGAUCGGUCGUGGCGGGUGCAACGACGCGGAGGGAAACGAACCGCCCGGAUGGUGCAUAUACGCGACCGUCGCUCUGGUCGCCGUUGGCUGCUACCUGAACGCGUUAGGUGCGGAUUUCGUGCACGAUGACAUACCCGCGGUGGUGAGAAACAAGGACGUGCUCGCUCAAACACCGUGGACCAGUGUUUUGAAGGACGACUUUUGGGGAACGCCUAUGCACGACAUGAACAGUCACAAGAGCUACAGACCCUUGACGACUUUAACCUUUCGGUGA